UUGUCCCAAAACAUACAACGUUGCUGAAUGUGAAGUGAUUUGCAUCAGCACAGCCAAAGAUGUCCACACCGGAAAAUCCAAAAACACCAAAAAGUGUCCAGGGACCCAGAAGGGUUAAUGUAUUACUAUUAUGUUGUUGGUUAUAUGUUUAAUUUUCUUCACACUGGUAUUCACAGUAGAACAGUAUUUCUGAUGAUUUCCUCCAAGUACCCCCAGAGGAAGAUAGUAGUAAAACCAUGGCCUUUGAUAACUGCCCGUCCUGAGGACUCCUGUGCUCUUUCCUCCCCAUCUCCAUCAUGGCAGAGGCAUCUUCAAUGACUCUCAAUCUGAGGGGGCUGAGGAGCAAAGUUUCAAAGAUCAAGAUGAAUCAGAGGACAAAACUGUGGGCGACAGGACAUUUCAUGGGAGAGAAGAGCGUCGUGGAGGGUUCCUCGAUGGAGUUUGACUUUGAAGACGUUAAUGUUCCUGCUGAAUUCAGAGCCGUUCUGCUGCGAGUCAAAGACCUGCAGACACGACUCACUCACAAGCUGCCCUGCAAAUACGAGGAAAUGCACCAUUAGACAUGUUAGUUCCAUAUUACUGUUGCAACUAAUGAUUGAUCGAAAGUGAUUGUUGUUUCCUAAACUUCCCCAGAUAUUUUUGUUCCUUCCUCAAAGAUACACAGUUUUACAGUCACGGAGAAGCUGAGAUAAUGAUUAUUAAUCAACUGUAAAAGUGAUUAUAUUCUUGUGUUUUCUUUCGUUUAGAGGAGGAAGUGAUCCUGCCUGAGGAACAUUUCCCCUGCUGUCAGUGUAAC